GUGGGUUGAAAUUAACCAGCUUCAAAACGGCAUCACCGGGGGAGAAGCUGGACUCCGCAUCCAGGUCCAAGAUGGAUUUAUCAGCGGUGAGUUGCACCUGCGGGGUCUCCUGCCCUGAGUAAGGUCAUCAUACAGUCGGUGGUCUCAAUCUGUCAGUUAGAGGGUGAAUACAUACAUAUUUUAUAUAUUUGUGCAGAUAUUUUCCUGUACAAAUAAAGCAGCUUUUGUGCGUGUGUCCUUAUAAUAGUUAGCUGAUUUUAACCUUUAACCUUUGGACUGUUCAACCAAGCUACCAGUGGUUGGUUAAUGAUAAAACAAACACCCAGUCCAACCUGAUGGCACAGCAAUUUAAACUACAUGUGGGCAAUACUGAUCACACUCCUUUAUUACAGGUGUGUGUGUGUGUGUUCCAGAUCCACAUUGGAUGCCAUGAAUGCAUAAUUAUAGAUCUUUACAGACUUAUCUUCUGCACAUGGUCAUGAGAAAGACAUGCUCGUUGUUAGGAAAUAAAAAAUAUGCCUGCUGCCUAUUUUUCAACAUUUUCUAAAAUAGUCAUGUCACAAUUACUAAUUGUGGUGCUCAAUAUAUUGUCCAAGAGAUAAUAUUGAAAGGGUGCACACUACCACUUGAAGAUGAUAUAAGAGCAUAAUAAUGCAAGAAUAGGCCUUUCAAAGAGCAAUGCGCUUUUAUUUCUUAGAGAUAUUCAGAUAUUGGUAUUGGAAUAAACUUAUAAAGAUACAUCAAAUAAAACAACACAAACAAAACAAUAGUUAUCGAAACAUAAUUUUGUCUUAUGGCAGGAAUGAUUUUUCUCUUUCUCGCGGAUAGCUUAUGCAUGGGGGAGUAAUUUUAUUGUGUGUGUGUGUUGUCUGAAUUGUAGUUAUGGCCCUAUUAGAAACAUUUUGUUUCUCCAUUUAAAUAUUUUUUUCUGGAAGUAUUAACUUUAAAAUUAAGCUAAAUGUAUUGUUUGUCUGUUUAUGUUUGUGUCUCAUGUUUGCCCAUGAGGCAUGUAACCACAGAUAAUGUCACGUCUGUUUAAUUCCAUCGUGCGUGUGUGUGUGCGUGUGCGACUGUCUCUGCACAUCUCCAUCAUCUCCACUGCUCACCCAGCGCUCAAAGCCUUUGUGUGUGGCUCUCUCAGCGGCACCUGCUCUACGCUGCUCUUCCAGCCUUUGGAUCUGAUCAAGACACGGCUGCAGACCCAGCAGAACAAUGCCAAGCCGGGCGCACCAAAGGUGGGGAUGUUUACCAUUUUAAUCAAUGUUAUCAGGACAGAGAAUUUCUUCAGUCUGUGGAAGGGAGUUACACCAUCAUUUGUGCGCUGCAUCCCGGGCGUGGGCAUCUACUUCAGCACCUUCUACUCCCUGAAGCAGCACUACUUCCUGGAGCGGGCACCCAACGCUGGCGAGGCUGUUCUGCUCGGAGCGAGCGCCAGAGCUGUGGCUGGUGUCUGCAUGCUGCCGUUCACUGUCAUCAAGACGCGCUUUGAGAGUGGCUGUUACAACUAUGUGAGUGUGGCAGGAGCUCUGAGGAGUGUGUAUGAGACGGAGGGAAUCAGGGCUCUGUUCUCGGGGCUGACUGCCACGCUGCUCCGAGAUGCUCCGUUCUCCGGCAUCUACGUCAUGUUCUACAGCCAAGCCAAGAAGGCGCUGCCUCAAGAGGUCACGUCGUCGCCCUACGCUCCGCUGGUGAACUUCAGCUGUGGGAUGGUGGCAGGUGUCAUGGCGUCGCUGGCCACACAUCCAGCGGACGUGGUGAAGACCCACAUUCAAAUCAGCCCGUCCCACUGGAGCACCGCGGAUGCUAUCCGCUACAUCUACAAGGAGCACGGCACGGGCGGGUUUUUCCGUGGGGCUGUCCCCAGGUCUCUGCGUCGCACCCUGAUGGCGGCUAUGGCUUGGACUGUCUAUGAACAGCUGAUGGCUCGAAUGGGCCUCAAAUCCUGAAGAACGUCACCGACGGGCCACAAAACAGGAUAAAGUAUGAGGGAUAAUCGGAUACAUUAUUUUCUCCCUGAAAGCCUCACGAAUGAAGAAAAAAGAAAAGGGAUCCGAGGAGCUGACUGUGAACCAGCGCGACCAAGUUUUCUCUUAAUGUCAAGCUUGGGCUGAAGUGACACUCCCCGCUGUGAAGUGAACGUAUUCCUCCUCUCACUCUCCGUGUGGACACCCUGAGGUCUGGCUGCCACUAAAAAGAAAAAGGCUCAGUGACUGUGCUGUGACUCAAAGCACGGCAGAGAGUAGAGCUCUGGCUUUUGACAUAUUUUCAAAACUUGCAUUAAAAUUGAGCAAUGUUUCUGAAUUAGAUUUUAUUUUAUGUUAUUUGACGCAGGUUCAGAUAAUAAAAAGUGUUCACACGGCUACAUUAUUGGAAUAAAAUCACAAUAUAGCCAUUUGUUGCCAACUGCUAAAUAAGUUUAUAUACAACUGUGAUGCAUUUUAUUAUUUCAGAUUUAGUUUUGGAGUCGGUCACCUCCCGUGACCAUCUUUCCAGAACAUUGCUUCAUCGUUGUGUGCGACUGUGUUUCUAAAAGUUGCACACAAUCCUUGCUGGAGAGAUGUGGACGUUUUCCAGCUUCACCUUUGAUUUGUAAAUAUUGGACUAGAUACAGAAUUAUUGGUUGUGACUAUUUUUUAUCUUCUUUGCCAUAAAUAUUUAUCAUUAUAAAUAUUAAAAUAAGGUGAUACGUUGAAAAUGAUUAUUAUAUUUUCAUAUUGUAUAUAUAAAUAAUGCCAAAUGGAAGAUCUCAUAAGUGGAGGAGAUUGGAAGACGUAAUUGACUGAACAAAAUGGAUCAUUACACACUCUUCACGAAGAGUCGAGUUCAGUGUUUGCUGUGUAUCUACGUGUGCCCUAAUUCACACAUUGAAGUUUUACCUCGUUGAUUAUCUUCAUGAAAAGCGCCACUCCAGUAGUCUUCAUUGAUCCUCUGUUGUGACUUUAGUUUAUAGAAAUUGUUUUUAUAGCUAUUUGGUCUGCGUAUGUUUGCUCAGACUGACGUCGUGCCUGGCUGGUUUUUAAUGUCAAUAAAUGUUCCUCUUUCUCAAAAAUGUU